AUGGAGGAUGGACACAUAAAUGACGAGAAGCUAUUCUAUGAUCGGCUUUGGACACCAGUAGACCCCUCAGGGCUACUACGUGUACACUGCAUGCUAUCUGAAGCAGAUACAUACUCACAAUUGGUUUUAAAUGGUGACCAUUCCAAUGCGGCAUCAAUAGCAUCCAACCUUGUGGCAUCGUAUAGAGCUCAAGUAGAUGUAGUUUCUACAGGUGAACGCAUGAAAUUCCAGGAAAUAUCCGCUGAUAUAUGUGAUCGGCUCAUUGUGUCAGAAAUAGCAUCUGCGAAAGGACAGCGGGUUGGAGAAAAACGUAUAGUAACGUUGAUGAAGGAACCGGAACCAAAUCAGAGAACACCUGUAGAAACAUCACCCGAUGCUGCUGAUAACAAGGCUCCAGCAAAGCAUGGAUUUACCAUAGUGACAUUAGCGAAAUCGGAAACUACAAAAAAUGAUAUCGACAAGGGAACUUAUGGCCACAAAUAUGACCAAUUUAAACGUAUAGCUCUUGGAGAUAAGGGUGAAUCUAAGGGCGCUACAAAAAGAAAUGCCCACAGCCAUGGCUUCCAUCUAGAAACCUCAGCUGAGACGAAUACAUUCGCCGACACCGCAAUAAAACAUUUGCUGGAAAAUAUCACGCAGAAACUCAAAAGGAUACCACUGGUACGCAAUGAUUGUGAUAUAUGUCGUAGGAGCUGUAUGCUUGUUGAAGAUUCUGCACCGGGACAGCAGGGACCCAACCAACCUGUUCCGUGUCCACAUUCAUUGGGGCUAAAAUACACACCAGAACCCCAUGGGUUAUCAACAAUGUGCACAUGCAAGACCACUGCCCUGGAACGUGAGAUGAAUGAGUAUACAUCUGAUAUUGACUGCCCUCGUCACCCCAAUGCUGGAAAAUCAGUAUAUCGCACAUCCACAGUCUACGAGACUCUGGACAAAUUAUACGGAUCAUGUAACGAUGCAGAAGUAGAGGAUCUUCUAACGUAUCGUCAUGAAGAGGUACAGGGCGAUGGUUACAGUUUGUGCUUUAGUCCUCGUUACGAUGUUGUGAAGCUGAUGGAAGGAACUUUACCUGACGCCGUGAGACUUGAGGACAUGGACACAGCAUGGUUGCAUCAUGUAGCUUCACGUAUACCUGCACGAAAAGGGCACGCUAUAGAUGUCGCAUCGGUUGUCAAUGAGGUAACCAUGAUGCAGACAUCGGAUGGUGAAGGGCAAUUUGGUUGUGACCGUUGCGUCUCCCUAACCGGAACUGUUACAGACCCAUAUGCUUCAAAGAAAGAGCUUUGGAUAUGCCCAAGUAUAUAUCGUAUACCAGGGUUCCGCACAGCCGAAUCGCCAAUUGUCACGGUGAGAUCGACGAGGCGUGAAUCGCUAGAAGAUGCUUUUGGUGACGAUAUUGCCGUCACUUCACCCUCUUCCAUUGUCAGCCUAGACUCUCUUUACGAUGCAGAAGGUCAAGGAUCGCAUAUGGAAGCACGAUCGAAGGAGCAAAAUGAUGAGGAUUACUACGAUAAUGACAUGACCCUUGAUGAGUUGAUGGCAAAGUUUCUAAUACUGCGUAAGAAACCUGACUGUGCUGCAACGAUCCUCAGAGCGCUGAAACAUCUCAUAUGCGUAAGACUAAACAAAGAACGGCUAUAUCUAAAACGCCGAAUUGGUAUGGAGACCUCGCAUGGCGAUGGGCAGAUGCUAGGAGAUAAUUUAAUGGCAAGAACAUUACGACGUGUUCUGGAUUCUGUACAAGUAUUAGAUCCGUUAGAUAAUCCUGUAGAAGAUACGUUGUACCCAACUCCAUCAGAUGACGAUACUAGCGUAUACACCUAUUCCAGUAUCUCAGUCUCCAGUUACUUUAGUGAGCAUGAAAGUGUUCACAUCCCGGUUAACGACAGGGAGAUCGCACGAUCGUGGACCCUUAAUCUACACAAGAAUGUUGUGAGUUACUAUGGAAUUUUGACGGUUGUAGAUGAAAAUAAAUCUGACAUUUUACCAAACAACUGUUGUACACUGUACUGUGAGCUGGUUGGAGAUAAGCUUUCCAUGUACAAUGUGAGGGACUCAUUCGCAUCUUCUGUAAUUAAGAUCGCUGAGGAACCGUUGCUGGUUUUACAUCUCGACGGUUCAUUUACAUGUGCAUCACCAAGGAGCGUGAAGAAGGGUGAGGCAGUGUUACGCUUGAAUGCGCUGAACUACGAGUUACGGGGUGUCACACAUAACAGCUCGGAUUCCGAAGCGGAAGGGCUAUUUUUAAAGUUGCUUGCUGAACAAGGUGAUAUUUCACGUUGGUAUAUUACGAUAUCUGCAAGAUUAAAACUCACUACAUUCCUAGUCCUGCUCGAAAACGAACACAGAGUAAACCUCUGCAGUUCCAAUCUGGAUUUGAUUCAUUACCCCAACCGCCGUGACAUUGACCUAUCUGGUUUGGAGUUUGACGAACUACUGGAAAGACGCAUUGUUCAAACUUACGUAAAUCCACCAGUCAACAGCCUUAUAGUAUCAUAUCGAACUAUGAGUGACUUUGAUCUUUCUGCGUUCGCCAGCAUCUGGAAUUACAACGUCGACACUCUUGAUCUAUCGCAUAAUAAUUUGAAUUUGCAGGAAUAUGGCGAUGAUUUUGUGAAGUUCAUCACACGAGCAAAAUUGCGUCGUCUAUACUUGGAUGGAAAUCCAAUCAGUGUGGAAGGAUAUAAGGUCUUGCCAGAAUUCUUUGCCGGCGGCACCCUGCAACAUCUCAGUCUAAGAGGUUGCUCCCUCGAUGACGGCAUAAGGGCUGCACUGGUUUCUAUUAAUAAGAAGCUAGGAGUUAACGACCGUGCCGUUGUAGAUAUGCGUGAAACUAUUUCGUCGGACGAAAUUAAGCACUUCUUGAAAUCCCAUCCCUUCAGCCAUAUAAAGGUUAUUACCGCUGAUAGUCAGAUGGUUAUACCGGAGCUGUUGUCGGAGAAUUUCAUGGAUGUUCAUAGUAUGUCAGCUAUAAGGAAUAUGGGUUCUAUUUUCGGUGGUCGUCUUCUUUCUGCUCGUGAGAACGUUGUGAAGAUCCCUUUCCGCAGGCUACGUAGUUUAUGCAAACCACGAGAGAAGCAAUACAGCCUGGCAAAGGAGCACGCUUACUUUGAGUUCCGCCCACCAUAUCUUAUAAUGAAUAAGCAUGGUGGUAGUAGUGAAAAGCGUCGUAAAGCAGGUCUAUCCAAACAAUUGAUAGUAUUCGUUAAUACGUGCAACAUAGCACGUAUGAGUGGGAUGCGGUGGUUGCAUAUUAUAGGUACCGCUCCUAAGUUAACACUUCUCUCUUGGCUAUUGGGAGGUAAUAAAAGUGACACGGAUAAAACAUCCGAAUCAAAUGAGAUCCGACUAUUGGUGCGGGCUUAUUCUGAUGCGGCAACUCGGAGGUGGUUCGAAAUUAUUAGCCGUAGCAUUGCUGGGAUAUUCUACGUUAAGCAUAUGCGUAAAAAUCUGGAUAUACCCACAUCCAGGCAUAUACUCUCUUUCUGUAGCAGGAGCGAUGCUUCCCAUUUGGUACUACAUGAUAUGCCUUACGACCGUGAGUUAUGGACAGGAUUUUUCAGUAACCUUAACUCCCAAUCAACGUUACGAAUACUUGACUUCUCAAAUAUGAAGUUAACGGCUGAACAGUUGACGUUUCCCGAAAUGCUUUUCGGUGGAUUAAAAUUGGAUCGUCUAGACUUUUCGUUUAACAAAAUUGACUUGCAAUCUGCAACUCGCGAUGUCUUCAAUGCAUUAAUACCACCAAUAACAUGUAAGGUGUACGAUGUCAGCGACAACCCAUUAGGUGAUUAUGCUCUUUCAGCUGAUUUGUUUGUGGAGGCCUGCAGUCGUGCGGGUGCUGUAAAGGUCUGUUUCAACCGUUGUAUGCUUGGCAAUAAAUUCCUCGAGUCGGUAACUAAGUUGCUAUCAGAGAAUACCUCUCUUCCACCUAAACUUCAUUUGGAGGUGGUUGAACUUGAAGGUAACUCGUUUGAUGUUUCGAAGCUACAGGAGUUUGUUAAAACUGCAACUAACUUUUUCCCUUCACUCGCAACCGUACGAUUACAUGGUUCAGUGGCUUCCCCCGAACUAACAAAGUCGUUGCUGAAAGCACAUCAGAUACUGACCGUCGAACAGUUUUCUGCAAACGAGCCUCGAUACGGUAGUUUUACUCGUAUAAAUUAUGUGAAAAAACCUAAACGUACAACGAAAGAAUCUGUAUCGAAAUUCAUCGAGGCGGGCAUGCCAGGUGGAUUUGAGGGAAGGUAUCGCUUCUAA